ACUUACGAGUUACAUUACUUCACCGGUCACGAUAAAUUACUGAGUUGUUUGUUUAAAUAUUUGAGUUAUUUAGAUUUAAAACUUCAACGUCAAUAGCUGGCGGCGUGGAACAGUAUAAAUUAAACAUUAAUAUAAGCGCACGUCUUGAUCAAAAAUGGACGAGAAUUGUGCUUAUGAGAUAUGUAUGGUUGAUUCGUCAAAGGAAUUACUGAAGGAAGGUUUUAUUAAUUUAUGUCAAAAAUAUGGUACAGUUAAAAAUUUUACUCUUCAUAAAACCAAAUUUGAAAAUCAAGCAUUUAUUCAGUUUGAAGAUAAUGAUUCUGCAUAUAAAAUGUUAAAUGAGAAAUCAUAUUUUCCAUCUUUCAUAUCAGUAGAUCUUUCCAAUCGAACACAAAAAAUGAUAAAUAUUAAAAUUGGGAAUGAAAAUGAUGAAGAUGAAGAGAAAUGUGAAUCUGAUGAAAAUACAAAAACAAUUAUUAAUGAAGACGCAAAAGAUGAAUCGAUAGCUUGGGAUUUAUUUUAUAUCGGUCCUAAUGUUUCGGGGAAAAAUUUAGUUGAGGAAUGCAAAGAAUUUAAAGCAAAUAACAAAAUACCUUAUAAUCUAGGAAAUGAUGAUCUUUUUGGAAGGCCUCUUAAUACACAAUGGGAAAAAAUAGAAAAGCCUGAAUUUAAAAUUAAUAAUCUUGAUUUCUAUAAUCGUUUUGAAAAUUGUACGGGCGGUGAAAUUAAAAUUGUAAAAAAGUUAAGUCCAAGCAUGUUUACUGCUUUGACCACGAUUUUUAAUGACGGUGAAAAUGUACAAGACAAAUUAAAGACUAUUAGCAAUGAUAUUGAAAGUUCUGAUCUUCUAAAUAUAAACAAUCUGAAGUAUGGAAUGUUAGUGGGUGCAUUUGAUAAUGUAACUAAUUUGUAUGGUCGUGGAUAUGUGACUUUAGUAGCUGGAAAUAGUGUUAAUGUUGCUUUGAGCGAUUAUGGUAGAGUAAUCAAUACAAUAAAAAUUAGAGAAGUACCUGAAAAAUAUAAUCAGGUACCGGCCUAUUCAUUUAAAGUGCAUACCAAAGGUGACUAUGUUCCACAGUUAAAAAAAACAUCUUAUAUUUUUAAAGUGGGCAGUGUUUGUCCAACAAGAAUCGUAUUGAUUAUAUUUGAUGAAAAUAAAGAAAUUAAAGCCCAAUUGAAAAAAUGGCAGCCUACUAUAGAAGAAUCGGGUGUUCCAUAUAUUGAUCUUAAGAACAAUAGCUCAGUAGAACUGCUAAAAUUAAAUUAUAUGAACUCAGCAUUUAUUAGAUCAAAAGAAAAGCACCAUUUUGAAUUUCUUUUUUCAUCCUGGAACAAUUUGGCAGCUUAUUGCUAUAAAAAUUCUCAGCCUUUAAAAAGAGAACCAGUUUAUGGCGAAAUUGUAGGAUUUAAAUCUACUAUAACCAAUAAUUAUGUCAGAGGUAGAGUUCAUAAAUUUUUUGGAGACGACAUUUAUUCUGUGAAGCAUAUGGAUAAUCCCAUAAAAGAAAAGAUCAAGUUGUCUGAAAUGAUUGAACUACAGUUUGAACAUAAAAGUAUACCUGUAAGUUUUAUAAAAGUAGGACUGAAAAAUGCUUUACCGUAUCCUAUCCAGUUUGAUGCUGAAUUUUUAGUCAAACAUGUUAUAGGUGUUCGCCUUUCUGUGCAUUUUGAUGAAUCAAAAGUAGAAGGAUGGAAACAUGUAGAUUUAACUAUUAUACCCGUAAAAGAAAAUAUGAAUUCUAUAUUAUAUAAUUUAGUCGAACCAUUGUGGCUGAAAGAUGAUGCUAUUACAGAUAGUAGUGAUGGAAGCUAUUGUAAAUACAUGGAUUUAUUAAGGAAUGAAUUGGUUGAGAAAUCUGUGGUGAACAUGACGUUUGUUGUGUAUCAUGAUGGAGUAUUUUAUAUGAGAGACAAAUUGUUUGGAAAGUCUUUUUCAAUUUUAUCUGACAUGAUUAAAGAGUAUAGUGGUUUGAAUUUAAAUCCUUAUUUACCACAUAUUGAUGAAGUAUGCUUAGGUCAAUUUCCAGAUGGUAUGUGGUACAGAGUAAUAUGUGAUCAAAUGAAACCGGGUUCAUUGGUAAAAGUACAUUCUAUAGAUUUGGGAAACAUUGCAUAUUUGAAUACUAGAAAUUUAAAAAAACUCCCAUUAGAAUUACUUUUUCAUCCAACUCAUGUUUCUCUGUGCAUUUUAGAUUCUUCCAUUCAGAUAAAUGAAAAAAAUAUAGAAAUAUUGCAAAAAUAUGAAAAUACCGAUUGCGAAGUAACUGUUUUGAAAAGUUUAGGUGGUAAAAAUCAUUACUUAAUCAACUGUCCAUUCUUUGAAGAGAUUCUUCAAUAACUUCUUAGAUAUUAGUUAUAAGAAUAGUUUUAAUAUCUUAAUUUAAGAUAAUCUAU